GUGAUAAGUACUCAACUGACUGGGACAAGGCCUGGUCAAGCUUCCGUAAACAAGGUAAAAAGACUCUAUUCUCACAGUUCUCUCCAGACAAGUAUGUGAGCCGGAAUCCUAGGCGUUCCAAUUACCCACUGUCGGAGGAGGUUGAUCCCAUUAAGAGAACAGAGAGGUCAACCCUCAUGUUAUGGACCAGUCCGAGGUUCACUUUAUUUGGGGCUAUUAUUAUAGUUACGUUUCUUUUGGUCUAUACCAUUCUUGCUCCAAUCAAGUGA